CUAGUAUAUUUUGAAAAUGUUUCAAUCAUCGACGCAUCACUAUUUAAAAUUCAUAUAAGCAGAGUGUCGUGAUUCUAAAAUUAAUAUCGUGAAUUUAAAAAAAAUAAUUUUAUCAAAAUGUUCAAACUGUGGCCAUCGUUACCUAUCGAUGACCUUCGAUUCAUAAUUCAUCCUCUGUUUGAACCAGUCAUUUGGUAAAUGUGCAAAACUAGUUCGCGAAUAUGUUCUUAAAAAUACCCAUACAGCUGAUAAUUCUCAUCACGUCCCUAUUUAUCAACCUGGCAGCUCAACAGCCCCAGAAAGGCUCCUCAUUCACCGAGUUCCUAAUUAAUUCGAGACAUUUCGUCGAUAAAACCGACAUGAUAAUCGACUUCUACAAUAAUAAACCAUCCCACAGUUGGACUCUGAUCGGUGCACCUCCUCAAUUUGGCAAGACAACAAAUCUACACAUGCUGGAACGAUUCUUCGGGUACGAGAUGGACGGCUCAGGUGUUCCUAAACAUUGGAAUGAGACAUCGGCGUAUAAAAUAUUUAAAAAUUUAAAAAUCGCCAAAAACGAGUCGUUUUUCUCUAAGCAUUUGGCUCAACAUCCGGUCAUCUAUCUCGAUUUGAAGUUCACCAUCGAAGGGAUCGCUACAGAAGAUCGAAUUCUCACCGAAUUGCGUAGAAAAAUCCGCCAGUGUUACUUGGAAUACGAAUGGAUUCUCGGAAAAAUACAGAGAGACGAUCAUAUCCUGGCUUGUUACUCGGAUCACAUGGAAAAUGUCCUAAAUGGCCAGCUCGAUCCUCACGGGGUGGCUGAAAGCAUCUUUAUGUUGAGCAGCAUUGUCUACAGGUACUUUAAUCGAUCCAGAGUGGUGGUCUUGAUCGAUAAUUACGAUUACGCUCUUAAUGUGGCCUUUCUUCAGCAACAAAUUGGAGGAGAUAAUAUCCACAAGUUGAUCAAUACAGCUGUGGCCUUUGGCAAAGGUCACGUGUUCGACAGCGUCGGUUUAAUCUUAGGUAGCAGCCUACUCAGUUACGAUCUAAGCCACAACACGAUGUCUGACAUUCGAGGAUACAACUUCCUCCAGCAAAAUGAAUUCACCUCGUAUUUUGGUUUCACCCAGCUCGAGAUGGAUCAACUGUACGCCAAAUUUAAUUGCACUCGAACAGAACGAACAAAAAUCAAGAACUGGUACAACGGGUACUUGACUAGCAAAGACCAUCUUCCUAUCUACAAUCCGUAUUCCGUUUCUAGGUACUUUAUAUAUCGAAACAUGGCUAAUCAAACCGAACCUCGAGCGUACUGGAGUCUUCUGCAAGAUCCUGCAUUGGUGUUGGAUUUUCUCUACAAUGCUGACUUUCGCUACAAAUUGAUCGAUAUGUUGCAAGAAGGAUCCUUGGUAUUGCAUUGUAAACGAAUGCUGACUUACGAAACCCAUCCUCGAGUUCCGGAGCUGAAAAUUCAAGAUUUCGAGAUACCAGAACCUUGCGUAACCGACGAAGCGUUACGUUACGUUUUUGAAAUGGGUUACUUUACUUACGCUUCGAGCAACGACGAAGAAUUCGUCAAUCACGAAUUCCGAGUACCGAAUUGGGAAAUAGAAGAACAUCUUUGCGAUAUCCUAUCGCGAUACUACCUUUCUCAAAAAAUACCUAUAAGAGAAAUUCGAGACUGGCUGAUUAAAAUUAUAGAAUCACCCGACGCUCAUGAAAACUUCACUCUGGCAGAACAACUGCAGCUAACAUUGGAUUACGUAUUCAAUACGGUGAUCAAGCCAAGAUUCUCAUUUUAUACGGAUUACUUGAAUGCGAAAAUACUAGAGUAUCAUUCGAUCAUCUAUGUGGCGGCAUUGCAAACGAAAUUCGUCCUUAGCGGAGUCGACGUCGUAGUCAACGAGCUAUUUUAUUACGCCGAACGCGAAGAUAUUUUCAUUAAAAAAAACGACACGGUCGUGAUUAUUCGUAUAAAUACCGAUAUCGAAGACGAAAAGUAUUCGCCCAGCGAGAAAGUAUUUUCCAAAAUGGAUCGUAACUCGACCUCGUUUAAACUGAUAUGCAUAAAUGUGAACGAGACGCACCUGUUUAAUGUAGCCCUAAUGGGCGGAUAUAGAUUGCCGUACGGAAGUGCCUUUUGAAGAAAAAAAACGCUUAAUUUGAUCUUUCGGCUGUUUUUUUCUUUCUUUCGUUUUUUUUUUCUAAAAAAAACUUACAAGUAUUUCUCGCGAAGCAGUAUUUUUGUUAGAUGUUCAUUCGAUGUACGUAAUUCAAGAGUAUGUAGUGAUCAUAGACAGUGGACUUAUAAGUCAUCGUCGAGAAUAGCACGUUAUAUUAAUUAAAAAGACAUGUAAUUUUUUCAAUUGUACCUUGAUCUGUAAAUAAAAACAUACUUCAUCAGGUU